CUCUAGGGCGUGUGGGCCGACCUCGGCGGUUGGAGUCGCGGUGCGGGCCUGCGGCGGACGCCCAUGGAGAAGGCUGGGCGUGAGGGUGACGGCGCCCCCUGCGGGCCUGUCCUGCACAUCGUGGUGGUCGGCUUUCACCACAAGAAGGGCUGCCAGGUUGAAUUCUCUUACCCACCACUGAUUCCAGGAGAUGGACAUGACAGUCACGCUUUACCUGAAGAAUGGAAGUAUUUGCCUUUCCUCGCCUUACCAGAUGGUGCACAUAACUAUCAGGAAGAUACUGUGUUUUUUCACUUGCCACCCAGAAAUGGAAAUGGAGCCACCGUAUAUGGUAUCUCUUGCUAUCGACAAAUUGAAGCCAAGGCAUUAAAAGUAAGGCAAGCUGACAUCACCAGAGAGACUGUUCAGAAAAGUGUCUGUGUUUUGAGCAAGCUGCCUCUUUAUGGCUUACUUCAAGCAAAACUUCAACUCAUUACACAUGCAUAUUUUGAAGAGAAAGAUUUUUCCCAAAUUUCUAUUCUAAAGGAGCUCUAUGAGCAUAUGAACAGUUCCUUAGGAGGGGCCUCAUUAGAAGGAUCACAGGUGUAUCUUGGUCUGUCUCCUCGAGAUCUUGUCCUUCAUUUUCGACACAAGGUCUUGAUCCUGUUUAAGCUAAUUCUUCUUGAAAAAAAGGUUCUUUUUUACAUUUCUCCAGUGAAUAGAUUGGUGGGUGCACUAAUGACCGUGUUAUCCCUUUUUCCAGGAAUGAUUGAACAUGGCCUCAGUGACUGUUCUCAGUAUAGACCCCGAAAGAGUAUGUCUGAAGAUAUUGGACUUCAACAAAGUAAUCCCCCUGCAGAUGAUUUUAUUUCUGAGUCCACUUCUGACAUUUCAAAUACCAACUUGGGAACUGUCACAAAAAUCAUUUCAGGAAACCAUGGAGGAGACACUGUCCUCCAGUUGGAAAAGCCUUGUUUCCAGGUAGAAGAUAACAACAACAAAGAACAAGAACCCAGUGAUACUGGCCGCUAUUUGAAACUCCCACCUCGGCCAUCUCCAGAGUCUUCAGAAAGUGACUGGGAAACUUUGGAUCCUAGUGUUUUAGAGGACUCUAGCUUGAAAGAAAGGGAACAGAUGGAGUCAGACCAGACAAACAUAUUUCAAAAAGACUCUGUGCCCUCCGACAGUCCUCCAAUUACUGUACAACCUCAAGCUAACACCAGGCAGGUGGUCCUGAUACCAGGACUCAUUUCUGGUUUGGAAGAGGACCAAUAUGGCAUGCCUCUGGCCAUCUUUACAAAGGGAUAUCUGUGUUUGCCUUACAUGGCAUUGCAGCAGCAUCAUCUUCUCUCUGAUGUCACUGUUCGGGGAUUUGUGGCUGGAGCUACUAACAUCCUCUUUCGACAACAGAAGCACCUCAGUGAUGCCAUUGUGGAAGUAGAAGAGGCACUAAUCCAGAUCCAUGAUCCGGAACUUAGGAAGCUGCUUAACCCAACCACUGCAGACCUAAGGUUCGCAGAUUACCUAGUGAGGCAUGUGACUGAGAACCGCGAUGAUGUCUUCCUGGAUGGCACAGGCUGGGAGGGAGGUGACGAAUGGAUCCGGGCACAAUUUGCAGUCUACAUCCAUGCUCUGCUGGCUGCUACACUGCAGUUAGAUAAUGAAAAGAUGUUAUCAGACUAUGGAACUACUUUUGUUGCCGCCUGGAAGAAUACUCACAACUACAGGGUAUGGAACAGCAAUAAGCACCCAGCACUUUCAGAGAUAAACCCAAACCAUCCUUUUCAAGGCCAGUACUCAGUGUCAGACAUGAAACUCAGAUUCUCACAUUCUGUUCAGAACAGUGAACGUGGCAAAAAAAUUGGCAAUGUCAUGGUCUCAACUAGCCGGAAUGUGGUACAAACAGGAAAAGCUGUCGGCCAGUCAGUGGGAGGAGCUUUUUCCAGUGCAAAGACAGCUAUGUCUUCCUGGCUAUCUACUUUCACCACAUCCACCCCUCAGAGUCUUCCUGAGCCACCCAAUGGGAAGCCUUGAGGCCAACAGCAGAAGUUGCUUUGUUCUCUAAGGUGUAAUGCUCCCUCCUCAUCUGUUGCUCCCAGGGUCUCCUCUAUCUACGGGUCCAUACCCAGGGACCAAGAUAGCAAAGUGUUUACAUGGACGGUUGCACUCUGUCUAAAUGAAUGUUCCAGGAUGCUGAACACAUGAAACCACAACCAUAGCAGGACUUGAUUUCCAGGUUGGGGGUUAAAUUGACUACUUUUACUUCAUUCUGAGCCUAAUUAAUGUACACAAUGAACCUUCUAGUGAAUUUUAAGUUCUGAGAUUGUACAUUUGUUUACGUAGAAUUUUUACAUAUGUAUAUUUUGUUCUAUUUUGCUGUUUAAAUAUUUAGAUGGUCAUUGUAAUUUAUAUUGACUAAAAUUAAGUUAUAUUACUAUUCUCUGAAGUUAGCCCUAAAAUAUACUUGUAAAGUAUAGGGACUAUGCAUUCCGGCCUAUAUUACUCUGCUGAGUUCUAGGAUGAACUUUUGUGGGGGUGGGGCAUGGAAGGGACCUUCUACCCACUGAACACAUUUACCAGCUCAUUUCUUCCCAGAGCUGUGAAAGUCAAGAGGGAAAGCUCUAAAGAUGAGUUGUCAUUUUAGAUGUGUUUCUUUGUGACAAAGUUGGUGUGAGGCAGCAAAGACGCCACUGUGCUUUCCUCCUGCUGGCAGUGACCAUUCAGGGAAACAGCAGUGGUGGCUCAGGAGCACGGAAGGGUUGGCACAUGUCUGUAGAGCAGUAUUUUAAUGACCCAUGUGCCGGCAUGAUCAGCUCCAGUUAUGUUGUAGUCUUAAUCAGCACUUUGUUAUCUAAAAUGUGUGCCUUGUUUCUUCUUGUGAAUGGUUGUCCAUUGGAUCUUGACAGAUCUGCAGGCCUUCUUUAGUCUUAUUCUGCAUCGAGUCUUUCAGAGAUAUUUGGCCUUCCUACUUCCCUGACUGAAAAUCCUCCUUUAGUCAGAUCUACCACCUUUAAAAGAAAAACAAAGUGACCAAUAAAGGUCACAACAAUAUAGACCACAACUUAGCUCACACGUAGAAAACCAAGAAGUGGGCUAGGGGAUUGACUUAGUGAGGAAAAGCGAUUAAUGUACAAACCUGACAACCUGUGUUCAGAUCCCUGGAAUCUGAAUAAUCUGUAAUCCCAGUGUUCCUAUAGUGAGAUGGGAGUCAGAGUCAGGACAGUGUUCUGGAAGCUCACAAACCAGCUAGUCUGGAGUGUGCAGUGAAUUGACAGAAAAAAAGACAGAUCCUGCCUCAAAACAAGGUGGAAAAAACCAACUCUUGAAAAUUGUCCUCUGACUUCUGCGUGGGUAGUGUGUCAUUGUACAUGCUUACACAAACACACACACACACACACACACACACACACACACACACACACACGCACGCACGCACACACGCACACGUACCCCUCAGAUGAUAGAAAUGUAAGAAGCAAGAGAAUGAGCCCACAGCCAUGCUGUGAGUCACUUGUUAGGUAAAGUACAACUAGUUUCAUGUUACUACAGGCAUGAAUUGGCCAACUUCUCAUGAUUUGUACAUAGCUGGAGUUCAUGUGUUUAUCAUUCAUAACUGACAUUUGCUUUUCAGGGGAUCCUUAAUGGGGGCUCUCAGGGACUACUUUUGGGGAACAGUCUGCCUUUUUAGUAACAGAAGACAUGUGGAAUAAUCAUAUCUACAUAUUUUUUAACAAGCACUGGAAAAGUAAGGGGCCUAAUUAAGGACAUGGAUUAUAUUCCAUUUAUCCCUUAUGCCCUAAAGACUAUGAAAGAACAUAGGGCAUAAUCUAAUAUCUCUAAAGCUUUGCAAUUUGCACUUCCACACAAAACACAAACUACUUCCAAUUGGGCAUAAUACCUUGAGAGAAUCCAGUGACAAUAAAUUGAUUAAUAUGAGAUAAAUAAAUUGUUUAAUGGGAGAACACCAUUCAUUUGCUUCAGCCAGGGAAUAUUUAUUUGAAAGAGAAGUAGUAAAGCCACACGAAGCUGAAAGGCAUUUUAAUCAGUGUUUUGCUGAAACUGUUGGUUUUCUUAGAUAUCAUUCAUGUAGCUACAGCAUGACAAUGGACCUGUGGUAGUUGGCAUUGCUAGGAGCCCUGACUCGUUAGUCAAUAAGAUAAUAAUUCAUUCUUUAGUUUGCACCAGGUGUGUAUGACUGGGUAUAUGCCUGCUGUCACUUAAAAAGCAAUGCAACACUCACCUUGGAAUAUACUUGAAGAAAAAAGUUAAAUGAAAUUUAAUUCUGCUUUUGUAUCACAUUCCCCAUUUGAGUGUGUGUAUGGGUCCCUCUGCAUAGGAUCUUACAGUCUGACUACACAAGUCUCUAAAUUGCCAUCCUCCUGCCUCUGUCUCCCAAAUAACUGGGAUUAUAGGAGUUUACCACUCUGCUAAGCUUAAGUGUGUAUUUUAAUUAAAUCUUCUCUUAAUGUAAAUUAAAACUUAACUCUUAAAAUGGUCACUUUACUGGCUUUCAGCAUAUAAUAACUUAUCUUGGAAUAUAAAACAUCCUAGAAUGGUCAGAGACCAUAUGCCUGCUUCCUUCAGGUUCAGGGAAGCAUUGACUUUUCAAGGGCCAUAUGCCAUUUUCUUGUUGGCAGGGGCACUCCUGUAGCCAGUGUUGUGGAGAAUAAGAGAUGUGGCCCUAGCCCAGGGAGCCCACACACUGCUUUAGGCACCAGUGAGAGAGACUAACUGAUGAGUAGUCUCCAAACACUGACGCCGUAGCCCUGGAACCAAUACCAGGCCUUUUGACUCUUGCCUGCAGAGUUAUGGAUGUUGAAGCCCACACUUUUCUCCAGUGACCAACAAUGCUUUUGUGUCUAAGAACUGAGUGUUUGUAACUAGACCUGAGGAAGUGAAAGUCAACGAACAAUUUUCAGGUUUACAGGAUGCAGACAUUGUCGGUAGCUGUACUGCUUGCUGUCCAGGUGGUUUUGAGGAAGCCCAUGAUAUUCCUAGCAUAGUGACAGUGACAUUGAUAAGGGAGAGAGUUAAAACUGUGAAUCUUGGCUAGAUGAGUAGAAAUUCUGAAGCUGCAGGUAACAGAGGUGGAGAACAAUUUUAUAUGUAUAUUUGAUUCAUGAAGAAUAUGAAUUGGCCAGGCCGUGGUGGCGCACGACUUUAAUCCCAGCACUUGAGAGGCAGAGGCAGGCGGAUCUCUGUGAGUUUGAGACCAGCCUGGUCUACAAGAGCGAGUGCCAGGAUAUGCUCCAAAGCCACAUAGAAACCCUAUCUUGAAAAACCAAGAAAAAAAAAAAAAGAAUAUGAUUUGCCCAUCCCUAAAUCCAUUCAUGAUUCACUAGCCCCCACGCCUGAAAGCAGUUCUCCUCUCUCUUUGAAUUAAGAAACAGCAGGGCCUUCUUGAACACAGGACAUACUUCCUCCACCCUGUUGCUUUCCAGGUUUUGAACUAAGCAGUUACUGUUCUUUAGAAUAGCUUUCCUUAGAAACUCAAGGAGAAAGCAAAUCCGGAAAACAAAAAUGAAGUGUUGCACAGCUGGGGAGCAGGGCACUCAAAGUCUGAAUGAGAGUAUUUUGUCAUCAGUGUUUAACCUAUUUCAGGUAUGAGUUCUUUAGAGGAGUUAGAACUGUAAUCAGCUAUUUGCGUUUCUAAAUGAAGCUGUAACAUUCUUUUCCUGAUAGGCAGGGUUUAUUGAAGCUGUAUAUUCUCUGGAGAAAAUUUUGUGGGAGUUAACAGUCAGUGGCCCCUUUCCCUCCCAUGUUGAUAGGUUUGGAAGUCCUGCAGGCCAUCAUCCUCAUCUAUACCCACAGGCAGACAUCUGCUGCAGCCUCCACAGAAGGCAGUCUGCUAGGGCAGAAGCUGCUGACUGGUCUGUGGUGCUAAGUGCACCAGCCUGUUAGUGUAUUGGGGCAUUGCUUGGGAUUUCUGAAGUGGCAAGAUUCGCACACUCUGGUUCCUUAUUGAAAAAUGGCCCAGCAUUCCUGGCUUUCCAUGCCAUCUCUCGGGAGCCUUUAACUGUGAUGGAUACUCCCCAAAGCACUCGAAGAUAGCCAUCAUAACAUGCUGUGCCGCUGGGUCUUUCUCAUUCCAAGUCUUCUGUCUUCGUUGCUUUGGAAUUGCUUUUUCAUAUUUCCCAACAUUCCACAAACUUUUCAGAAACAAAGAAAAGGAAUGUGCAUCUUUAUUUUUUCAUAUAAAAAACUUCAUAAAAAUGACUUCCUACCUAUAUGUUAUGAAGAAGAAACUGGCUCCCUUAUGUGUUAGAACACUCCAAAAUUAAAAGGUUAUGCAUGUCUAAGGGGUUGGAUAUAUUUUGUAAAACUCUGAAUACAUUUGUAUUUCUGUGCUGUUCAUAAAUUUACCUUUUUACUUAUACUAAUUAAAGAUAUAGAAAGCUAUAUAUUUAAAUCAUGUAAAUGGAACACAAUUUAAGGGGGUUUCAAAUCUUAUUUCUCAUCAGCUUCUCAUGCACAUACUAUGCUGCUCAAGUUUCUUUUGUGUGCAAUAUAAACAUUUGAACAUUUCAAGUCAGGUACUGAGCCAGAAAAGGUCAUUGAAGUUUUCAGAAAACUGCUUAGAAAAUAUUUUAUUUUCUUGAAAUACUGUUCUUUUAUAGCUAGAAAAACAAGAUUGAGAAUUGCAUGUUUCAGUCCACUUGAUAAUCAUUUCUAAAUUUAGGAAGCAUUUGAUUAAUGAAUUGGUGAAGGCACUUAGUGGUUGGAAAGUAGUUUCUAAGGAAGUUUAGCUAUAGCACAUAUUUUAUCAGAGAAAUUGCUUCUCUUUAGUAGUUUUGUAGUUUGUGCUGGUUCAUUUCUAUCGUCAUUUGUUUUUUUAAAGUGUAUUCAAGUUAUAUAUCAUGUCUAAUCAUGCUAACUGUAGAGAUUCUAUUGUACCUUUAUUUUAAGCAAAACCUGAUAAUAAAAUUAUCCUGUUUCUCUUGCACA